GAUGUUUGGAUCAAGUGGUACUAGAUAGAAGUGAGUGGUAACUAUUAAGCUUUUGAAUGUAUGCUGUUUCUGAUGAAAAGAACAGAUGUGUUGCACAUUUCAUGCGUAAUAUCAGCUUCUUUUUUCCUGCCCUUCACUACUAUCCAAAUGUUACAUAUGAGUAUCAUGUGCAUAUGCAAAGCGUAUAAAUUUCAGAUCUUUGGAAGAAAAGUUGUUGCAGUUUUUCGGCAUUGUUUUCAACAGGACUUGCUAGAAAUCAUGACCUGAAUCGCCUGGCAACCUCCAAGUAUGUAAUCAAUUUGUUUGCUGCAAACAAGUUAAAGCAAAGACAGCAUGGGUUAGCAUGUAAUUGUGUGUAUUUACACACAAAGUGUAACAAAACCGCCUAUCAAAACAGGGCACGCUUCCAUCUCUGGACAAUCAAGGAAUUAGAUCUGAGUUUUUGGUAUUUGAAGCACUGGGAUAUGGAUAUGUGGAAGUUAUUCUUGGUUGUGUUUUCGUUGGCUCUGGCUUUUCAGCUGGCCAAGAGCUUUGAUUACCAUGAGAGUGAUUUGGCCUCCGAAGAGAGCCUGUGGGAUUUGUACGAGAGAUGGAGGAGCCACCAUACAAUCUCCCGUGACACGAAGGAGAAGCAAAAGCGUUUCAAUGUGUUCAAGGAGAAUCUGAAACACAUCCACAACGUGAACCAGAUGGACAGGCCUUAUAAGUUGAAACUAAACAAGUUUGCAGAUAUGACAAACUAUGAGUUCAUGAGUACAAGGAGCUCGAAGGUUAGCCAUUACCGGAUGUUACAUGGUCCGAGGCGGAUGACUGAUUUCCAGCAUGGCGAAGUUGACAACCUUCCACAAUCCAUUGAUUGGAGGCGGAAAGGAGCAGUUACUGGUAUCAAGGACCAAGGCAAAUGUGGAAGCUGUUGGGCAUUUUCAACUGUAGUUGCAGUGGAGGGUAUAAAUAAAAUCAAAACAGGGGAGCUUGUUAAUUUAUCUGAACAAGAGCUAGUUGAUUGUGAUAAGGAGAACCAAGGAUGUGAUGGAGGAUUGAUGGAACAAGCAUUCAAGUUCAUCAAGCAAAGCAAUGGAUUAACUACCGAGAAAAUCUACCCAUACGAAGCCAAAGACGAGUCCUGUGACUCGGCCAAGUUGAAUGGUCCUGUGGUGAUCAUUGAUGGUUAUGAAAUGGUACCAGAAAAGGAUGAGAAAGCUCUGAGGAAUGCUGUUGCACAACAACCUGUGUCUAUUGCUAUAGAUGCUGGUGUCAAGGAUUUCCAGUUCUACUCGGAGGGCGUAUUCUCCGGAGACUGUGGCACUGAGCUGAACCAUGGGGUGGCAGUGGUAGGCUAUGGAGCAACUCAUGACGGGACGAAGUACUGGAUUGUGAAGAACUCGUGGGGCGAGGACUGGGGAGAAAAGGGUUACAUAAGGAUGCAACGAGAUAUCGAAGCUCAAGAAGGCCUUUGUGGUUUAACCUUGGAAGCCUCUUACCCUGUCAAGUUGCAUGCCAACAACGAUGGGAAAGCUUCCCAACAGGCCAAGGAUGAACUCUGAAUUCAGUACAUCAUUUUGUUGGUCAAGUUUGUUAUAUAUGCUGAAGUGAGUAAAGUUGCAGUGUUAUGGUAUACAAGUUAGGCGUUGUACUAUGUUGUGUUGUUGUGAAAUGCUUUCGAAAUGAUAAUAAAACAUGUUAGAUGCUUUA